UCACCACAGUAACUGUCCCCCCCACCCCACGCCGCUUAUGAAGCUUGGGUUUCUGUUACGAAUUCUUCUCUCUCAUUCCUGAAACCCCUACUGCUUUCCCUUAAAAGACGAAAUUCUGUUGAUGCGGUGAUACACAUUUAAACUCUGACGCUUCUUUCCGUCCCAGAUUUUGGUAACUUUGAGAGUUAGAACUGAACAAUAGAGAAGUGUAUGUAUACUCAAGUAUUGUAUAUUCCUGUACAGCAUCCUUAGAAGGCUAAUUCUGUGGUAUAUCGGUGAUGUAUAGGCAAUUUAUCUCAUGACUGACCAGUGGAAUGUGCCAUCGAGAGAGCCUGUUACCAAGUGUUCUAUACAUUUAUAAUAAGGCUACACCAUAAUGUCUGCAGCUGUUGCUGAAGAACAGUCCACAGACUCCAAUGUGGAGCUUCCUGCAGUGGAAUCAAUCAAGCUGGAAGGUGCUGUCCUCGAUCCUGUGAACCUCACCAAUGAACAGGAAUUUAAUGGACACUGUGGAAUCACACUUGAAACCUUACCUUAUGAAUUACUGUUGUUAGUUUUUAACUAUGUGGAUGCUGGUCAUCUCAUUAGAUCUGUGUCCAAAGUGUGUCAAAAGUUCCAUGUCUUGUUGUCAUCAGAAACUUACUGGAAGACCCGAUUGACUGCCUGGUACAGCCCAGAUAGGUACCCACCUGUUUCAGACCUGAGUGAAGACUUUGACUGGCAAGAAGCCUGUUUAGCGACAGAAGAAUCUUAUGGUUUUUGGCGGAACAACUCGCAAAAGACAGAAUGCAUCAGAAUCAGCAACAUGUCGUCCGGCUUCAGCGAUUCCGUACAUUUUCUAAAGGGCAGCCAAUUGUUGCUGGUUGGUUCCAGGGACCAUUCUUUGACUGUGAUGGACGUGGAUAAAUUGGUGAAAGACCAACCCAAUUCCUACAGGGAAGCAAUUUUGUACUCAGACCAUAAAUGUCACAAGGGCUGGGUAUGGUGUUUGAAUUCUUACGGUAAUCAGUUCUGCUCUGGAUGCUGGGAUUCAAAUAUCCGGCUGUGGGAUUCAAACCCUAACAUUGCUCUCAUUUCUACAUUCAGGUGUAACUCAGCAGUCUUGGAUAUCUAUAUGGAACCAAACUUAAUCGUUGCUGGCACCCACUUCAGAACUAUGUGCACCAUUGACACAAGGGAAGGGGUCAUUCAUGAGGAGAAGCUGCAUCGGAUGCCCGUCUUGUGCCUGGCAGUCACACAAAAAUACAUCAUUACUGGCAGUGAAGACAGCCAGAUCUGUGUCUUUGACCGGAAGGCUGGUUCUGUCUUCAAAAAGAUUGCUCUAGACGAGUACCCAAUGUGCCUGACAUUCAACAAUAACCAUUUAUGGGUUGGUGACCAUGUGGGAAAAAUACAUCUAUUUGAUGCUACGGACGACCAAUUUAACCUUGUGAUGUCACAUGAUUUACGUUCAAGUUCAAACCGGUGCAAGUUGACCACAAUAAGGCAUAGCAUGGGAGCUUUGUUCACAUCAUCCAAUGAGAGAAACGAAGGAAAAAUUACAAUCAUGGAACCAACAGCAAAUCUACAACGGAUCUCUUGUAUUUCACCCAAUUUUGGAGAAAUAGCUGGGUUGGAUCAUAGCAAAAACACCCUUGCUUAUGCUGGAAGUAAUUGUUGCGUUGAGAUUUGGAAACCAAAACCACAACUGUAGCUUUUUUUUUUAUUAUUAUCAUUAUUAUUAUUAUUUUUGUCUAUUUAUGUAAAUAAAUUUAAACAUGUUUGUUUUGUUUUC